AUGUCCGAGCAGCCCAUUCCGUUGACGACAGUGGAGCCUGAGGCCGGCACGCUGGUGUCCAUAACUGGCUGGGGCACGGUCUAUAGCGGCAGCUACCUGGCGGACCAGCUGCAGAUGGUGGAGCUCUACAUCGUGGACCGGGACGUCUGCAACGACGCUUACGACGGGCUGGGCAAGGUGAGCGUCCGCAAGAUCUGCGCCUGGUGGCCGGGCGGUGGCCGCGACCGCUGUGGCCCCGACUAUGGGGGCCCCAUGGUGUUGGAUGGCGUGCUGGUGGGCGUCAUCUCCUCCUGGGGCAACGGCUGUGCCCUUCCCGGCUGGCCCAGCGUCUACGCCAACAUCGCCAACGCCGACAUCAGGCAGUGGAUCAAUGACACCACCGGCGUCUAG